AUGGCCAGUGAAAUCGAAAGAGAUGCAGCUAAAAGUGCCAGACCAAGUGUUAGUGGUACUACCACUAACAUAAAGACAGCUGGAGGGACUGAGGCAGAGACUACUGAUGUUUGGUCAGUUAAAAUGUUGGUGGCUGCCGUCGGUUGGAGUACAAUUUCCACGACUAGAGGCUUAGUAGCUUUUUUCCUUGAGAACCAAGACAAGGUUAUAGAUACAUUUCGACAGGCUCUUAAAGUUUAUGGUAAUGUUACAGAUGUCACAAUUGGGUCACUUAUCAUUCACUUAGAUUGUGGAUCACAGGAGAAAUAUUCAAAGUUUCAACAAGACUUUGAGGAUGGAAAAGUUAAGGAAGCAUUGGAAAAUGAGUUGAGGAAAAUUGGCUGCGAUGCCAAACUGGAAGUAACUCUCAUGAAGGAAAUUUCCAAUGUGGCUGGGACUGAAAUGAGCAAAGAAACUGUGAAUUCCAAUCCUGAAGUUGUGUCCCACGGAGAAGAAGAAGCAGAAAAAGAGAGGGAUCAGGAAGCCGACAAUUCGGAUGUCGAAGAUGGUUCUCCUCCAAAGAGACGACGGCCGCCAUCUUCUUCCGGUUCAGACCCUAAAAGAAACAAAGUGACAGCAGAAGCAAGUGACCUAGGUGCAAAGGAACCUGCAGUUGUUGGGAUGACAUUAGCAGGGAGCUCGGGUAUAGAGCAACCAGAAGAUAUCAUUACCAUGGACAACAGAGGAAACCUGAGCACGAGAGAACCUCCGGAACUUAGAGAGACAUUGAAAGUGCUUGAAAUGAAGGAUCUUCCCCCAAAGACAACGCCUCGGAAAGAUAUCGAAGAAAAAUUCUUGCCAGUUGAUUUUCUGCUGUUAACAGCAAAGGAAUGUGAACACCUAAGCUGCCUCUCCUUUCUCGACGACAUUAAGAUGGGUGAUGACGACAAGCUCGGCCCUGUGUAUUUUGGGUUUAAUAGCUCAAAAUCCAAAAUUGCCGUGAUUAAGUGCGCCAUGGGCGCCGCCGGCCCUGGAGGCUCCAUAGUUGUAGUCCAAGAUGCAGUUCCAAUCCUAAGACCCAAAGCGGUCAUCUGUGUGGGUUACUGUGCUAGCUUGGACGAGAAGAAAGCUAAGCUUGGUGAUGUCAUUGUAUCUGCCAAGUUGAUAACCUACGCUUUAACCAAGGCGAGGAAGAACAAGAUCGAACACCGCGGCUAUGUUGUUCCUCCAAAUACGAAAAUGGCUAAACGCAUCCCGGUUGUCGGGGCAGGUUGGGUAGCACCUCUAAAAAACCCAGAAGACCUAAAAGUGACAGUACGCAAUGAUGGCGUGCUACUCAGUGGCCCUACUGUGCUUGCUAAAUCAGAACUUAGAAGGGAAUUAAAGAACCAAUUUCUCCAGGGAACUGCCAUCGAGAUGGAGGGCGAAGGUCUUUACGCUGCCGCUCAUAACCAUGGAAUUGAAUGGUUAGUUAUCAAAGGAGUUUCAGACUUCGGCGAUGAUAAUAAAUCUGGAAAUGAUUCUUGGAGGCCAUUCGCAAGUGUGAUGGCAGCUUCACUUGUUGCGCAUAUGCUAAAUGACAGUAUUGCGUUCGCGAAUUGGUGUCACUAUGGAGACAAUUCGGAUGUUGAAGAUGGUUCUCUUCGAAAGAGACGACGGUCGUCAUCUUCUCCCAGUUCAGACCCUAAAAGAAACAAAGGGACAGCAGGAGAAUCUUACGCAGAGGCUGCACAGCCCGGACCUUCAAAUCAAGGGGAACCGCGAUCCAUACGACCUGUUGAUAAAGCGCCGACUACUUAUAAAGUUUUUCAAUAUUCAGUCAAGAAUGGCACGCCCAGUGACAAAGAAUUAUAUGCAAUUUCGAAAAACAUCGCUGAGGGCUGGAAGCCACUUGGAAGAAAUUUAAAUAUUGCGGAAGCAGAGCUGGUCAAAUUUCACAAAAAUCAUGAAGAAUACACCGAAAAGCCAUAUCAAAUGUUGCUUUAUUGGAAAAGAAGAGAGGGUGAAAAGCAACCUACAAAAGCAACCUACCUUGUCUUACAUGACGCCCUAUGUCAUCCCUUUGUAGCCCGUAAGGAUCUGGCGGAAAAAAUUUGCUGUCAAUUACAGAAUUAAAUGACUUUUAGUUCUUAAUUCGAAUAUAUUUUUUGCUAUAAGGACAAAAGGAUUGACAGUUGUCAACAAUUAGUCCAUUAGCUUUAAUAUUGAGUUACUCUUUCAAAAGUAAUGGUAUUUAUGCACCAGUUUUUCCCAUCUUAUUUUUAAGGAUUUAUGCCAAAUGGAUCAUGACAUGGAAUCUCAUGUUUAGAUUUCUUGGUUAAACGUUGUUUUUACUUUCGUUGCAUUAUAAGUCGUGUUUACUGUAUCAAUUAUUCCUAUUUUUACACUUCUGUCUAGGGUAAAUGAUGGAGAUUGUUCACAAAUAUAUAGGCCUCAUGAGGACACAUUAAACUUACAAUAAAAGUUAUCAACUCGUUCA